CGUCAACGGUCUGUGCCGUGCUUCCGGGCGGGGUCGUGUUGUCGCCUCGCCGCGACCCAUCACGCUAAGAUGCGCGAUCUCAGACGCGCGACAACACAGUCAGGCAAGCCUGGAAGUCUCCAAGACUAACGGGAGAGGUUCUCUAUCAAAACCAUCAGCUCAGUGCAUUCUUUGACGCCGUCGAAUCAAGAUUUGAGAAUACGAGCAGCAAAUCCGAACUUAUAUCAAAAGCGCAGGCGAAUUCCUCCCUAUCUCCAAAGAUCGACACCGUGGCGCGCUGUGUAGUCGCAUCACUCUUCUAUUCUGAGUUGGAAACGCUCCCUAGAAAUGCGAUGGCAAAGACGUGAUUGAAGCUUCCUAUCUCAGGAAGAACGGCAACUUUCGAAUGCGGAUCAACGCAGAGACCGUCGACAGGCUCACGAUCUCUCUGGAGCUGAAUGGCGCCAAAGCCUGCAACAUCAGCGGCGCACGAUUAUUUGCACGGAGAUUGGCCACCGCGCUGGGGUUGGAUGCACCUCUUGGUUGGCUGAAUCAUGGCAAGCGUACGGGGCCAGAAGACUUUUGGAGGAAUAACAACGGAAAGAAGACAAGUCUUAGCAUUACAGGACCACUUGUCCACGAUUUACGGAAGAGACGUUGUCAUGGAAGACGUCAUAUGCCCUACAACUCGAGCAGAACUGUGACGUAUGCUCGAAUGUUUCCCAUGUCUUUGCGUUACACUCCCUCAUCAUCAUGGUCUUCUCACCGGCAUCCCAUUCUAGAGUUGAUAUGGUUGUUGCAGAGUAUCAAGGAUCUGCUUGACGAGAGAACACCCUGUCAGUACGUGUCAAAGACGGCAACAGCAAGUCUGCCUGCUCAUGCUUGGUGCAUCCCUCAGCGCAACUUAUGCACACAGGUAGGUGUCAUGAAGUGCUCUAUCAUCCUUGUUAUGUCAUCAGUUGCCAUGUCAUGUCCCUCUGCGCAGUUGACCUAGACGCUCGAUCCGCGGCAGCGGCGUCGGUCGCGUAGCAGCCUGAGAUGGGGAUUUCACCUGAUUGUCCGAGUCAUCCGAAUUGCUCGGACACUGGUUUUGAGUUUCA